AUGGUCGCUAGCAAGGCCGUCGCAACGGAAAAACGUGGUCGGGCCACCGAGCCACCCCCGGCCUCGAUAUCUAGCACAUCCACGGUUAUUGGAUCUACGGGUGCGGAUGUUGGGUCGCAGCUCCUAGAUAUAGGGUCGAGUUCGUCUCUCUAUCCUCAAGCUCGCCUCGGAGGGUCGCAGACUCAUGAAGAGCUCGGCGAUAGUGGUCUUCACGGAUUUUACGCUCAGCAGCCAACCGCGAGCCUUGACCCAGACUUCGGCAGCCGGAUGCCUGCACUGCCUGCGGCUAACGGAGGCGUUGCUGACAUCCAUGCUGAUGGCUUACGCGACCCCUUCAUCGACCUUUCGAAUACUUCUAACCAUCCGUGGCUUGUAUCGAACGCCGAAGAUCAGGCCAUGAAGCCUCUCGCGGGGUCCGCCGUCGGGGGAUGGCUGCACGAACGCCGGGCCGUUUCGUAUCUUCCAUCGUAUUCAACGGAUAGAAUAGAAAUGGCCCCAUCGUCGAGUGGGCUCGUGCAUGCUGAUGAGAGCCGUGCAUCGGAGCUAUCCGUGCUCAGCACUCCGUCGUAUCCGCAGAACUCCGAUCACAUUCAUAUGCCGUCAGAUUUGCACGAACAUCCCCUUGACCAUUCGGCUCUUCCGGGGCCACAGGUCGGGCACUCCAUCGGUGAUCGUACGGUCCUCACUGACCCGUCGACCGGGAACCAGUUCAAUACGAUCCAAUGGCUUCAAAAUUUGCUUGAACACUGCCAUAGGCAGCAGACAUCCGAUCCAUCCACGUCCUCUCCUCCGACAGAGAGCGCUGCACUUAUCGCCGCGAUAACGAUUCGCGGUCUGAGGAUGUGGCCUCCCGCGGCACCAGUCGACGAAGCCUACAUCCAACGCUUGCAGGACAUAGUCGACGCGUACGAGCGGUCUCUAGAUGUUCAACCCGCGCCCCAGCCCCUCGCAGGACCCCUUGCCGAUGUUCCUGUUGCCAUUCGAGACGAGGAUCCAUUCUCGUUCCUUGCUGAUGAGGAUUGGCAGGGACAGGAUACGGCGCGGACGCCUCAGGGGGCUUCAUCUCCCAAUACUGCGGGGAUGAUACCUGGAGGGACGCGGCCUAUAGAGGGAAACGAUGCCGACCCGUACACGGAUCUCUUCUCAUGGCUUAAUGCACAGCCUUGGUACUCUGCAGAUACAGCGGCGUCGGAGGAGACCUUAGGAUCUCUACUCGAGGAAAUAGGAAGAGAUUCGAAGGAAGAUCUCUUCUCCACCGCUGCCGCUCAAAUAGGUGCGGAGCCGUCUUUACAAGCCUCGCUCAAUCCGUUUGCCGCCUCGUUCCCUGAUUUGGACUUGUCGUCCAUGUCUUCCCCUGCCAAUUUUUAUCUGCCCAACGGUUGGGAAGCGGAACACGGGCGGGACAUCUUCCCGGAUGUCCCUGAUCUUCAACCUUCGGUUUCCGAUUUCGAUCGUUUCUCAAUUGACUUGUCCUACGGGACGUCUCAGGGUCUUGAUGCUCCAUCUUCAGGUUCUUCUUCGUCUGCCCCGCAGGGUGCAGUCUUCAAUUUCGAUGCCUUUGAAGUGAUUGCCCCGAUUGGGGUGGGCCAUGGUCUUGACACUUCCUUGUCUGAGCAACCGUAUGCGGCUCUCGAUCUGGGCGGCGAUAUGGAGGUGGACUCUCCCAUCGGGGCGGACUAUGAUGCUCACGCUUCACUCUUCGGUUCUUCCCCGCCGGAGCCGCAGCCCGGAGUCUUUCAUAUCGAUGGUUUCGAGGUGAUCAGCGCGCCGAACGUGACGGAUCGCGCUUCUCGCGGUUCAUCGUUAGCUUUCCCGUCUAAGCAGCAGACCCGUCACCGGUUACCCGACAGGCGCGAGGAUUCGGCGAGCACGCCUUCCUCUGCAUUGUCCGGCCCCGCGCGAUCCGCUUCAUCUUCAAGAACUGUUCCGUCUGAGCAGCAUCAAUCUUCUCAGUCGUCCAGUGGACGCGAGGCUUCGUCAAGCACCGCGUCUACGCCGUCCGUGCCCGGAUGGCCGAGCUCGGCGACGGAUAUCUUACUUGAUAUGCAGAACUGCGUCAGACCCAGUAAAGACAUCAGCGCCGAGUGCAUCUACGCGGGAUGCACGGUCGUCGUCACCGGCUGGACGGAAAGUAGGAAUCACAUCCGAGAACAUGUGCUCGAGAAGUACGGCGCGAAGGGCGACAAGAAGUUCGCGGCCAACAAGAUGCCUAAGGAGCUUGAAUGCGAUUUUUGCGAUUACGUAGCCUCGAACACCUCGCACAUGAUCAGUCAUAUCAUCGGUUUGCAGCAUAUGUGUAUUGUGCCGCAGUGCAAGACCUGUGGCAGGUACUUUCACAACGAGGACGCGGUCUACACUCACCACCAGAAGAAGCACCAGAAAACAGACAAGAAAGCACGUAAAUGA